ACACCGCUCCGCGCGAAGAAGCGCGGCUUCGAGGCUCCCUUAUUUAGAUUCACUAAAUUAAAAUAAGAAUAAUAGUUUUAGGCAAAAUUUAAAGGAAAUCAUGGCUGACGACCACGAAAAAGAAGACCAGGGACCCAAGUGCACCUUCACCAUAUACAUGGCAGAAGGCGAUCAGCUGUUCAUAAAAGGACUCUAUGCAAAAGCUAUGGAAAGCUUCUCAAAUGCCCUCGCCCUGAAACCAGAUGACAGGAUUUGCUUGGUUGCCCGUUCUAAGUGUUACCUGAAAAUGGGGGAUCCAGAAAACGCACUCAAGGAUGCCGAAGCCUCUCUUAAAGAUGAUAAGGAGUUCUUCAAGGGGCUCUACCAGAAAGCAGAAGCCCUCUAUGCCAUGGGAGACUUUGAAUUUGCUUUAGUCUUUUACCAUCGAGGAUUCCAACAGAGGCCAGAACAGCAGGAGUUCAGACUGGGGAUUCAGAAGGCCCAGGAAGCCAUUAACAAUUCUGUCGGAAGCCCUUCCUCUGUUAAACUGGAAAGCAAAGGUGACUUGACUUUCUUUACUGCAAAGGAAGAGGUAAAGAAAGGAAAAUUUAAAGGCCCUCCCAAGCCUCAGAGACUAGGAAGUCCACAAAAUGAGAAAACUGCCCGCCAACUGCUGGGGGAACUGUACACAGAUAAGGAGUACCUGGAGAAACUGCUCAAAGACAAAGACCUGAUGAAAGUUAACACCAGAACGGGAAUAAAAUUGCAGGAUCUGAUUCUUGGUGGCAUCAGCUAUUUGGACACCAGAACUGAAUUUUGGAGGCAGCAAAAGCCCAUUUACGCCAGGGUGCGUGAUUACCGGCUAAUGCAACAAAAAUGGAAUCAAUCCAAGCUUAGCAAGAUCUCAGACCCAACAGACUACAUCCUGAAGAAUCUGGAAGAGAUUUAUCAAAAUCUAGCACUCAAUAAAUCAGAAGCUGUGAGUAAGAAGGCCCGGCAGGUACUGAAGACCGUCCAAGGGUGGUCCGAUAAGGAAGUACCCAACAAGCAAGAAGUGGUUGGAAAUCUGUACAGCUGUAUUGGAAAUGCUCAGAUUGAGAUGGGCGAUAUGGAUGGUGCCCUUCAGAGCCACGAGAAGGACCUGGAAAUCGCCAAGCAAAACAAUCUAAUGGAUGCCAAAUCCAGGGCACUUGACAACAUUGGUCGUGUGUAUGCAAGAAUUGGCAAAUUCCCACGAGCCAUUGAAGUGUGGGAAGAGAAGAUUCCUCUCACCAAGUCAAGCCUGGAGAAGACCUGGCUGUUCCAUGAGAUCGGUCGUUGCUACCUGGAACUGAAUCAGAAUGUGAAGGCCCGUAGCUAUGGAGAGAAGUCUCUAGCAUUCGCUGUGGAGGCAGAGAACACAGAGUGGCAGCUUCAUGCCAAUGUGCUGAUGGCUCAGUCAGAGGUGAAACUUGGAGACUACGACACUGCGGUUACACUUUUUAAGAAGGCUCUGCAGAAGGCAGAAGUUCUGAAAGAUGAAGCAACCAAAGAAGCCAUCCAUAUCGCACUUGAAGAUGUUCAGAAACAAAUCCGUGAGGCACAUUCUCCUGAGGAGGUUACAGAAGAAGCGGACACUCAGAAGGACAGCUCUCAUGUUAAAGAGGAGGAAAAGAAAGCAGCUACUCCAUUACCAGAGAGCCCAGAGUCUUUGCAAAGCCCAGAGGCGGUGGAGAGUCCAGAAUUGGUGCAGAGUCCAGAGUCAGCAAACAGCUCAUAUUCACCGGAGACCCCACAAUCCUCUGAUGAAUAAGGUGGGCUUGGAACACACAGACCAAUCUAUCGCCAAAGGCUACUCAUACAGCUGCAGCGUGGGACCGUAUCAUCUAUUUUGUCACACUGACAUAAAAUAAAUUGUACAUUCAAGUU